UUUCUCGUUCUCUCGCGCGUCUGGAUGACAUCACACGGCGAGGCUCUCUGACGUAAGAGUUUCCUGUCCACCAUCUUUGUACCGGGCAAAGUGGGUUUUGCGCAGUGGCUUAGACCUGGAGAAGGAGUCGUGACGUGCAGGAAACCAUUACAACAUCGCUCGGGCCGUGCUCUCUGGCCGCUGCUGCCACCCCCGCCCUUGCCUACGGUGCACAUUAAAGAUCCAAAACCAUGACUGACUCCAAGUACUUCACAACCAAUAAAAAGGGAGAAAUCUUUGAAUUAAAGGCUGAACUCAACAAUGAAAAGAAAGAAAAGAGGAAGGAGGCUGUGAAGAAAGUGAUUGCUGCUAUGACUGUGGGGAAAGAUGUUAGUUCUCUCUUUCCAGAUGUAGUGAACUGUAUGCAGACGGACAAUCUGGAACUGAAGAAGCUGGUGUAUCUCUACUUGAUGAACUAUGCCAAGAGUCAGCCAGACAUGGCCAUCAUGGCUGUCAACAGCUUUGUGAAGGACUGUGAAGAUCCCAAUCCUCUGAUUCGAGCCUUGGCAGUCAGAACCAUGGGGUGCAUCCGGGUGGACAAGAUUACAGAGUAUCUCUGUGAGCCCCUCCGCAAGUGCUUAAAGGAUGAAGAUCCCUAUGUCCGGAAGACAGCAGCAGUCUGUGUGGCAAAACUCCAUGACAUCAAUGCCCAGAUGGUGGAAGAUCAGGGAUUUCUGGAUUCUCUGCGGGAUCUCAUAGCAGAUUCAAAUCCAAUGGUGGUGGCUAAUGCUGUAGCAGCACUAUCUGAAAUCAGUGAAUCUCACCCCAACAGCAACUUACUCGAUCUGAAUCCACAGAACAUUAAUAAGCUACUGACAGCCCUGAAUGAGUGCACCGAAUGGGGCCAGAUUUUCAUCCUGGACUGCUUAUCUAAUUACAAUCCUAAAGAUGACCGGGAGGCUCAGAGCAUCUGUGAGCGGGUAACUCCCCGGUUAUCUCAUGCCAACUCAGCAGUGGUGCUCUCAGCAGUAAAAGUCCUAAUGAAAUUUUUAGAGUUGCUACCCAAGGACUCUGACUACUACAAUAUGCUGCUGAAGAAGUUGGCCCCUCCGCUUGUCACUUUGCUGUCUGGGGAGCCAGAGGUGCAAUACGUCGCCCUGAGGAACAUCAACCUAAUUGUUCAGAAAAGGCCUGAAAUCUUGAAGCAGGAAAUAAAAGUUUUCUUUGUGAAAUACAAUGAUCCCAUCUAUGUGAAACUAGAGAAAUUGGACAUCAUGAUUCGUUUGGCAUCCCAAGCCAACAUUGCUCAGGUUCUGGCUGAACUGAAAGAGUAUGCCACAGAGGUGGAUGUUGACUUUGUGCGCAAAGCUGUGCGAGCCAUUGGGCGGUGUGCCAUCAAGGUGGAGCAAUCUGCAGAGCGCUGUGUGAGCACGUUGCUUGAUCUCAUCCAAACCAAAGUAAAUUAUGUGGUCCAAGAGGCGAUUGUUGUCAUCAGGGACAUCUUCCGCAAAUACCCCAACAAAUACGAAAGUAUCAUUGCCACACUGUGUGAAAACUUAGAUUCACUGGAUGAGCCAGACGCUCGAGCAGCUAUGAUUUGGAUUGUGGGAGAAUAUGCUGAAAGAAUUGACAAUGCUGAUGAGUUACUAGAGAGCUUCCUGGAGGGUUUUCAUGAUGAAAGCACCCAAGUACAGCUCACUCUGCUCACUGCCAUAGUGAAGCUGUUUCUCAAGAAACCAUCGGAAACACAGGAGCUGGUGCAGCAGGUCUUGAGUUUGGCAACACAGGAUUCUGAUAAUCCUGACCUCCGAGACCGGGGCUAUAUUUAUUGGCGCCUUCUCUCAACUGAUCCUGUCACAGCUAAAGAAGUAGUCCUGUCUGAAAAGCCGCUGAUUUCCGAGGAGACAGACCUCAUUGAGCCGACUCUGCUAGACGAGCUGAUCUGCCACAUUGGCUCCCUGGCCUCCGUGUACCAUAAGCCACCCAAUGCUUUUGUGGAAGGAAGUCAUGGGAUCCAUCGCAAACACUUGCCGAUACAUCAUGGGAGCACUGAUGCAGGUGACAGCCCUGUUGGCACCGCCACUGCCACCAGCCUGGAGCAGCCUCAGGUUAUUCCCUCCCAAGGUGACCUUCUGGGGGAUCUUUUAAACCUUGACCUUGGUCCCCCAGUCAAUGUGCCACAGGUGUCUUCCAUGCAGAUGGGAGCAGUGGAUCUCUUGGGAGGAGGACUAGAUAGUCUGCUUGGCAGUGACCUUGGCGGGGGCAUUGGAGGAAGUCCGGCAGUGGGACAGUCCUUCAUCCCAUCAUCAGUGCCUGCAACCUUUGCUCCCUCCCCUACUCCUGCUGUGGUCAGCAGUGGUCUGAAUGACCUGUUUGAACUCUCCACGGGGAUAGGCAUGGCACCUGGUGGAUAUGUGGCUCCUAAGGCUGUCUGGCUGCCUGCAGUAAAGGCUAAAGGCCUGGAGAUUUCAGGAACAUUUACUCAUCGCCAAGGGCACAUCUAUAUGGAAAUGAACUUCACCAACAAAGCUCUGCAGCACAUGACAGACUUUGCAAUUCAGUUUAACAAGAAUAGCUUUGGUGUCAUCCCCAGCACUCCUCUGGCCAUCCAUACACCACUGAUGCCAAACCAGAGCAUCGAUGUCUCCCUGCCCCUCAACACCUUGGGCCCUGUCAUGAAGAUGGAGCCUCUGAACAACCUGCAGGUGGCUGUGAAAAACAAUAUUGAUGUCUUCUACUUCAGCUGCCUCAUCCCACUCAACGUGCUUUUUGUAGAAGAUGGCAAAAUGGAGCGCCAGGUCUUCCUUGCAACAUGGAAGGAUAUUCCCAAUGAAAAUGAACUUCAGUUUCAGAUUAAGGAAUGUCAUUUAAAUGCUGACACUGUUUCCAGCAAGCUGCAAAACAACAAUGUUUAUACUAUUGCCAAGAGGAAUGUGGAAGGGCAGGACAUGCUGUACCAAUCCCUGAAGCUCACUAACGGCAUUUGGAUUUUGGCCGAGCUACGUAUCCAACCAGGAAACCCCAAUUACACGCUGUCGCUGAAGUGUAGAGCUCCCGAGGUCUCCCAGUACAUCUAUCAGGUCUACGACAGCAUUUUGAAAAACUAAUAGACUGGUACGGUGCCCUCCCGCCACCCUGUGAUCGGUGCAGGCCAAGAACUCUUUAACUGGAAGAAAUUGUUAUCGCCAUGUAGAAUCUGAACCUGAACACACUGAGGCUACCCGCCAGGGUAGUGACUAGUCUAACCUGUGCUAAUGUUAGGGCACCGCCUGUUGGAUAGCUUAGCUUCCUGUGACCGUCUGUAACCACUGCUUCAGUCGCUUCCCGCCUCGUGCCACCCGCUGCUCUCUGUCCUUACUUGUGGGCUUCUCCGUGCUGUCCUUACAGUGGCUGCAGUUUCGAGUGUAGUUUGAUAUUUUGUAAUCGAGACCUCGUUUCAAAAGCAGAAAAAGACAAAAAAAAUAUUAAAGCAAGGAAAAGUGUCACUGAAACGUAAACUGCACUUUAUUGUUUUAUAUUUUUGUACAUAGGAGAAAUUGAGGGAAUAGUGUGUAACUGAGAGAAGUGUUAAGACAACCGCACAGUCCUGGAGGGAAGAGACACAGUUUGUUGCCACCCCGUGGCAGCCUUGUUCCUGAUCACUUUCUUUUCUCUCCAAACUCCUUUUCCUAUGAUUCCUGCUGCCCUGUAUUUUCAUCUCCUUUGAUGCGCUGCAGCUAGGAAUGGUGGUCUUCCUUGAAUGGUGCUGUAGGGCGUAGGAAAUGGGGCCUUGAGGCACCCAGGCUGAGAAGAACUUAUACAGUCCUUACCCCAGGUCGAAUCCGAGAAUGACACUGAUGAAAAAAUUUCAGGAAUCAAACCCCACCCCACCCCCAAUCUCCCACUCUGGGUUUAAUUUAAUCUCAGGUCCAGCUCACAUCUAAAAUGUUGGUUUCAGAGUUGCAACAGACUUACUUGAAAUAAUAACUCAUCCAACCUUGUUUUUCUAAGAAGGAGAAAGAUAAAAGACAAACAGGAUGUUACCGCCUGAGGACUGUUGACUGUUCGGUAGCAGAGGUGGGGGGCUGGGUCUCCGAAUCCCUGUCAGAGUUCUCACUGCACGACCCUCUCGUUGACUUUCUUUCCUCGAUGCCUUUCUCUUACCUUUCUGGUGCCUGCUUCCUUAUGGCUCUCCUCACACUCCACGCAGAUUCUGGCGCUCCAUUCAUUGGCAUCCGGUGGCGGCAGAGUCUCUAUCCAGGGUCUUGAAGGUAAACCCUGAUGCCAGAACGGAGGACCCUCAGUGCUGGAGGCCAGCAGGGCGGGUGUGGGGAGGAAGUGAGCUUCUGGUGCCACACAGUCAUCCCUCGGCUCUCUGAUGCUCGGCACUUGGGUUGCUUAGGCUCGCAGGCAGGUGAGAUCACCUCAGAGGGCCAAGUUGUCCUUUUCUUCUCUCAAAAGAUCGGGAAACAUGAGAACCCCUGCCCCCCUGGACGCCUGGGGUGUGGCUGUCAAAGAGUGCUCUGUGCCCGGAACACCAGUCUGUCCAGCAGGGUUGUCUGUUUCACCUGUGGGAACUCCUGCUGCCCGGCACCGGGGAUUCAGCGUCCAUGACUGAGACUGCUUCUCAGAUGCCCCCACUUGGGUCCAAGACCUCACGUGGGACUUGGCACUGAAAGUGAGUCCAAGAGGAGGAACCCUAGAAAACAGCGGAAACUACCCUGCAACUGUGUUGCAAGUGAAAUGACCCUGACUCAUACUACUUGGAAAGCUACCGGGAGCAGGUCCCCCAAAGCAGUUUCUUAAGCCUUGACACUCUCCAUGAGAAGAAUUCCUAGGGUGAGGGACAGGAACCCCUCAGGCACGUGAAGAACAGGAAGUGGCACAGGAUGGUGGGUGGGGGUGGGUGCCAGGUGAGGUAGAAAAACAGGUGGGUGAAGCUCUGUGGUUGGGAGAUUGCUCGUGGAGUCAGUGCGAUGCGAGCUGUGAAGAAGGGCCCCACUCCACAUGCAGUGUUCUCGCCUCAAAUCAGACUGCCAUUCCAGGCGGCAGAGCUUGUGGCAGGAUAAGCAGACAAGACAGUGUCCCUCCGCCCCUGAAACCCAGCUUCUCAGCCUCCCCGGCAGCCAUGGGCAACAGCUGGACUUAGCUGACCCGGCCUGUCUGCCAGCCCUCCGCUCCUUGGAGAGGCUCCCUCCCGGUUUGUCCCUGAGCAGCUGGAGAGGGAUUCUGCUCCACAAGAAGGACCCCUCUCCUGAAGAGGCAGAGCCUGUCGCCUCCACCGCAGUGACCCUCGGGGCCCAUUUGGAGCUUGGUCGAACGGGGGACGAGCGAAGGUUGCCCUGCAGUCCCCUGUCCGCCGCUGCAGCCUGUCUCUAACAUCCCGGCGUCUCACGAAGGGCACGGCAAGCGCGCACACACACCCAGGACUCUUGCUGGUCAGAGAUUGCCUGAGUGUCUGCCCUCGCCCGAGCCUGUUUUGUGUGUCUGCGUUGCGAACCUUGGGACUGGAGAGGAGG